CCUAACUUGUUAUAAACUUGUCUAAGGAUUUUCAUCAAUCAGGAUUAACUUCUUGAGUUUUCUGAAAGACUUGCAAGUCGAAGUCUUGUUUCGACUGUUGACUUGCAGUACCAUAUUCCAAUGUUACUCAACCAAGACAGAGACUCUGUCUCUGGUGCAGAGACACUGGCUGAUGUCGAAAACCAAACCAAACAAAAUCAAGCUGAAAAGACACCGACACACGACGAACCACCAGACGGAGGCUUCAAUGCUUGGCUGCAAGCCCUUCUAGCCCACAUCGUCUUCUUCAACACCUGGGGUGUCGCAAACGGCUUCGGAAUCUUUCAACAAUACUACACCCAAACUCUCGGAGAAGAUCAGUCCACGAUAUCUUGGAUAGGAAGUGUCCAAGUGUUCUUCCUAUUCUCUAUUGGAGUUAUAGCUGGUAGACUGACGGAUGCUGGCCACUUUCGGAUCAUCUUUCCGCUCGGUGUCUUCUUGCAGGUGCUUGGACUGUUCAUGACGUCGUUAUGCACGACGUUCUGGCAAAUAUUCCUCGCUCAAGCUGUUUGCCUUGGAAUAGGCAACGGUUUCACGUUCUGUCCGGCUCUAGCUGUUUUGUCACAGUACUUCAAGAAGUAUAGGGCUUUUGCUGUUGGGUUAGCGGCCGCUGGUGCAGCUGUUGGUGGUUUAGUAUACCCAGUUUUAAUCAACUGGCUUAUCUUCCACGAUAAUGUCGGCUUUCCCUGGACUCUCAGAAGCAUGGGCUUCAUCAUGCUUGCUACAUAUAUUCCUUGUCUUUUAUGGCUCAAGCCUCGACUACCGCCUCACCCCAGCGGCCCAUGGAUCGAUACGGCAGCCUUUAAGGAACUGCCCUUCAUCUUCUUUACCAUGAGCAUGUUUCUCAAUUUCUGGGGUCUCUAUUUUGCAUUCUUCUAUCUUGGAACCUUUUCCCGCGAUCAAGCUGGUAUAUCCGAGCCCAUCUAUCUACUCAUGAUUCUGAACGGUGUUGGGAUCUUUGGACGUAUCAUGCCGAAUAUCAUUGCAGAUAAGUGGACAGGACCCUUCAACUUACUCAUACCUCUAAGCAUAUGUUCAAGCCUGUUGGUCUAUUGUUGGGCAGCUAUAGAGACUGCAGCAGGCCUGUAUGUCUUCGCUGUGAUAUACGGAUUCAUCGCUGCAGCACUACAAGCUCUGUUUCCAGCUGUUGCAACACAAAUGGCACCUGAUCCACGAAAGACUGGGACAAGAGUUGGAAUGAUAUUGGGUAUUGUCAGUAUUGCGAAUCUUACAGGUCCAUUUAUCUGUGGCGAACUUAUCAAAGCUGGUAACGGCAGUUAUAUUGGACCUCAGAUGUUUGCUGGUUCUUCUAUUUUGUUGGGGGCCUUCAUGGCAGUGGCUUCCCGUAUCUCUAAAACUGGCCUUGUUCUCAAGGUUAAAUCAUAG